AUGUCCGUGCACCGGAUCGGCUUCACAGAGCUUUCUGGUAGUCAGGGCGCUAGGGACGGACCUUUCCGAGUCAACAUCAUCUUUGUGCACGGCUUGCGAGGGCAUCCACAACACACAUGGGAGGACAGCCGGGACAGGGGCGGAGUGAACAGGGGCAAUAAGGACGCGGGAACGGCGACGCCACGCAAACGAGACAUCUUGGCGGCCCUCUUAAAGUCCAAGCCAUCGUCCUCAGCGUCGACUUCGACCACGACCCCAAUUGCCGACAAUGUAACGAGCGAAGAGCGCCCCAACAAGCUGUUCUGGCCCGAUGAAUAUCUUACACAGGACAUUCCCGAGGCGAGAGUAUGGACAUAUGGUUAUAAUGCAGACGCAAUCGGCGGGCUCUUCGAGGCGAACAACAAGAACAGCGUGUCGCAGCACGGCCAAGACUUUGCAGUGCGCGUCGAGCGGGAGAUCGGAAACCAGGACCCAAUUAUAUUCGUGGCGCACAGCCUCGGCGGCGUUAUCGUCAAAGAUGGGAUACGCCGAUCGUAUACGUGUCGCGCGCGAACGAAACUAGUCAUCUUCCUUGGCACGCCUCAUCGAGGAAGUACGUAUACAGGAUGGGGCGACAUCGCGUCGAAUCUCGCUCUUCUAGCACUGCAAGACUCGAACAAGAAGAUCGUCAAGGCGCUAGAGGUGAACAGCGAGGUCUUGGACAACAUCCAUGAGGAGUUUAAGACUAUUGCGGACAAGUCCCGAAUUCAGAUCCACUCGUUCCAGGAGGCACGGGGAAUAUCGGGCGUGAAGGGCAUACACAGCAAGGUUGUAGACGAUUUCUCCUCGAGGCUCGAUCUGCCGCGCUCCCUCGAGACUGUCGAGAGUAUUGACGCAAACCAUAUACAGAUGGCCAGAUGUGGUGAUAGGAUAGAUCCACAGUACCGGGCCAUCGUCGGCGUACUUCAGCAGUUCAUACGUCGUAUGGUGCUUGAUGGAAAUGGAACCGGGCUCCAGGAAAUGCCGGCGAUGGCGUCUGGAGUUGAGGCCAGUGUAGUAGAAACGGGAGGCGGGAUGGACAGGGCAUUGACGAAUCGUACCGCCCGGCCUUGCCACUAUAUUCCGCUCCCUGAGAACCGGCGCUUCGUCGGACGGGACAAGAUGCUCGACACCCUCAAAGAGAUGCUGUUCGUGCGCAAGGAGUGGCGGAAAGCCGCCAUUGUCGGCCUAGGCGGUAUCGGUAAGACCCAGAUCGCCCUGCAGUUGGCAUACUGGACAAAGAAAAACCGGCCCGAGUUCUCCAUCUUCUGGGUACCGGCGUUGAGCAAGGCGACCUUUGAACAAGCCUUCACCACGAUGGCUAGGGAGCUCCCUAUCCAGAGUGGCAGCAAGGACGAUGAUGUCAAAGAGUCUCUGCGGCGGUACCUAAGCUCCGGGGCAGCCGGGCCGUGGCUUCUCGUAGUGGACAACGCGGACGACGGAGAUGUUCUCUUUGGAUCUGCAGAUAUGCCAGGCGGCAUCAGCGAGUACCUUCCGGAAAGCGACGACGGCAUCACCCUGUUCACGACACGAUCUCGAGAAGUAGCCGUGUCGGCUACCGGCAGCGAUGUGAUCGAGCUGCACGCGAUGGACCCGCUGGAGGCGGCGGACUACCUGGAGAAGCUGCUGAUUGGGGGCAGUAAAACAGGGGCGGCCGAACUGCUAAAGGAGCUCAGCUACCUUCCAUUGGCGAUCACACAGGCGGCGGCGUACCUGAACACGAUCCGAGUGCCAAUUGCAGAGUAUCUGAGACUACUACGAGGGGCGGACCGGGAGGCGGCUAGUUUAAUGAGCCGAGAGUUCUACGAUGGCACUCGGUACAGGGGCUCACAGAACGCUGUAGCGGCAACAUGGCUUGUGUCUUUCGACCAGAUUCGCAAAUCCGACGGCGCCGCGGCCGACCUACUAGCGUUCCUAUCGUGCAUCGAACCGAAGGAAAUUCCGCAGUCGAUCCUGCCGCGCUUUGAGUUAGAAGAGCAGAUGGUGCAUGCGGUUGGCACACUGUGUGGAUACGCCUUCCUGACCAGGCGUGGGGAUAGUAGGGUCUUCGAUAUGCAUAGUCUGGUGCACUUGGCAACGCGAAUCUGGGUUCAGCGAGAAGGCCUGACGGCAACGACGGAUGAAAAGGCGACUCGACAUCUUGCAGCAGUUUUCCCAUCUGACGAUUACACGAAUCGCAACGUUUGGAGAGAGUACCUUCCGCAUGCUUUCAGGGUAUUACAGUAUAGCAAAGAGCUUGAUAUAGAGGAGAAGUCCGAUUUGUUGUUCUGGAUGGGACGGUGUUUGAGAAUGGAUGGACGGAUCAAGGAAGCUAUUAAGAGUUUGGAAGAGGCUUGCCAAUGGAGGAAUCGUCAUUUUGCCGAAGACCACCCCUCCCGGCUCGCCUCGCAGCACGCGCUUGCAGGAGCCUACCAGGCCAACGGCCAGGUCAAAGAGGCUGUCGUACUGCUCGAGCAGGUCGUUGCUAUUCGUAAGCAAGUCCUCGCCGAAGACCACCCCAACCGGCUUGCCUCGCAGCACGCGCUCGCAGGAGCCUACCAGGCCAACGGCCAGGUCAAAGAGGCUGUCGUACUGCUCGAGCAGGUCGUUGCUAUUCAUAAGCAAGUCCUCGCCGAAGACCACCCCAACCGGCUUGCCUCGCAGCACGCGCUUGCAGGAGCCUACCAGGCCAACGGCCAGGUCAAAGAGGCUGUC